AUGCACUACGUUCCAAUUUCAUAAACAGAGAGGCGUAUUUCAAAGUUAAAACACAAAAAUAAACAGAAGACUAUGUUUAUAAUAGUGGGAGCAUUACUAGUUUGUUUAAUAGCGAUGUUGGUGCUGAUUGUAUUAGAUGUUAAUAAUUAUGUUAAGAUUAACAGUAUAUUUUAAAUAUGGUAACCACAAAACACAGUUGCGAUGGUUUAGACUCAAAGAGAUUUGAUAUCAUCGAAACAUAAGCAGAUCGACGAAGAAUUAAUUCAUCUAAAAUCAAUAUUUUAAGAGAAAGCUUAUAAGGAAGCCACCAACUUGAAGUUGCCUAUCAUAGAUAAGAAUGAGUACUAGUAUUUCACGUUGUCGAAUGGGUUGAAAGUAUUGGUGAUACAAGAUCCAGAAGCGAAAAUAGCAUAGGCAGCAUUGUGUGUGAAUGUGGGUUCAUGGACAGAACCAGAUGAGUACCCAGGAUUGGCUCAUUUCUUAGAGCAUAUGUUAUUUCAAGGAUCUAAGAGUUAUCCUUAAGAGGGUUAUUUCUAAAAAUUAGUCGCAGAGGGAGGUGGAUCUACAAAUGCUUAUACAAGAGGAGAAGAAACUAAUUACUAUAUGAAAAUAAACAAUGAGAGAGUAGUGGAAGCUCUGUAAGUAUUUGCUCAUUUCUUCAUUGAUCCUUUACUGGAUUCAAGUAUGGUGGAGAGAGAAGUCAAUGCAGUAAAUAGUGAAUAUGAGAUUGCAGUUUCAGGUGAUUUAUGGAAGAUCUCUCAUCUAUUCUAGAUUUUAUCAAAUAAACCAAUAGGUAGAUUCACAAUAGGUUCAUUGAAGACUUUGAAAGACCCAAUGAAAGAAUUAGUAAAAUUUCAUUCACAAUUCUAUAGUGCAAAUAUAAUGAGUUUAGUGGUCAAAUCAAAUUAUCCUGAUAUGGCCAAAUGGAUUAGAGAAUAGAGUGAUUUUUCAUAAAUACCAAAUUUGAAUUUGAAAAAAAGAUCAAAGCUACAUUUACCCUUAAAGAAAACUGGUCUCAUGGUCAAGUAUAAGACAAAUGGAGACAAGAACUAAUUGAUCUUAGCUUAUCAAUUAGACUCUCCUAGAACUGCUAAGAAAAGCAAGACUUUACCAAUGAUAGCAUCAUUAAUUAAAUCAAAACAUAAGGAAGGAUUACUUGAUUAUUUAGUGAGACAAAAGAUGGCUUUAAAUGUUGAUGCAGGUACAUUUCUAGAAGGAAAUGGGGAUUUCACUUUCUUUCUUAUUGAAAUUGAAUUGAUUGAAGGAGUAGAUGAACUCAAAGUAGCUGAGACUGUGACUGGAUACUUUAACAAUAUGUUAGACUAGUUCUUUUAAGAAGUGGAUAAGAAUGAAAUCAAUUACACACCAUACUUAGAAGAAAUCUGGUAACAAUACAAACAAUUGCAAUUAUCACAAUACAACUAUCUAGAUAACAAUCAUUAUCCAACUGUAUAACAGAUAGCCCAUAAUUUAAAUUACUUUGAUUAUACUGAUGCAAUGAGCAUUGAAUUUUUGUAUGAGGAAUUCUAACCUGAGAGUAUCUAUAACUAUUUGACAGAAAUGCUCAACCCAUCAAACAUUGUGAUCUUCCAUGGUUCACCCAAAUUCACGAAUCUUAAAUAAUCAUCAGAACUAUACAGAUUAGAAUACGAAAUCAUGACACUCUCUAGAGAACAAAUCAAAAAAUUGUCUAGUGCUGUUACCACUAAAGUAGUACUCUUUGAUUGGGUCAAAAGCAAAUAAUUGCCAUUGUUAUUACCCAAGAUUAACACCUUCAUUCCUAAAGAUUUUAGUAUCAAAUCUCUUUGCAGAGAAUAAACCUCAUUUAUACAAGCCCCAUUAGUAUUUAAAAGCAAAGAAGACUGUAUUUAACAUGAAAAGGAGUAUGAGGCCAUUAAUCAUUACCCACUUAUGAUCAAAAGAACUGUUGAAACUAAGGCUUGGUGGAAAUUACAAAGGUAAUUCUAAGUUCCACAAAUAUUUACUGGAGUCAUGUUCAAUACUCCUAAAUCCAUCAAUUCAUUAAAGGAUAAACUCUUGAUUCAAGUUUUUAAUACUCUUGUCACUGACAAUUUGAAUCAAGAAAUCCAAGAAGCCAUCGAUGCUGGAUAUCAAUUCCAAUUUACUCCAAGUAUCAAAGGAGUUUCCCUUGAAUUGUAUGGAUGGUCUGAUAAUUACCAAUCAUUUUUUGAGAAAGUUCUGUAAUCUAUCAAUAAUCUAAAAUAUGAUUCAUUCUAUUAAGUGAAGUAGAAAUUGAUGAUCUAUUACAACAAUAUUUAUUAAGACAAACUAUUCAGAGUUGCUAUGUCAGAAUAUUUGAAUUAAGUUGUUUAAGCCUAAUAUUAUACUUCUCAAUUGUUUUAAGAUGAAUUGGCUACUCUAGAUUUGGAAAGCCUACAAGAAUUCCAUUCUAACUAUUUUUCUAACUUUAGAGUAUCAUCCUUUGUAAGUGGUAACAUUCUUAGAUCUGAAGUAGAAGAUCUUCUACAUACAAUUAGGAAGGUAUUCCAUAAAUCAAGUAGUCAUACUUCAGAAGAACCUCAUGUUUUUAACAUCAGAGACUUCACUAACAAAAAAGUUGUUGUUCCCUUAACUCACAAGGGAGGUGAUAAUAAUGAUGUAAAUGGUGCUACAAUCAAUUAUUAUUAAAUUGGACACAGAAAUAAAAAGAAUUUUGCUAUUAUGAAUCUUAUACAAUAAUUCUUCCAUAACCAUGCAUUCUAAUAUCUUAGAACUGAAAGAUAAUUGGGUUAUGUUGCUCUUAUGAGAUUCAUACCUAUCGGUUGCAUUGAUGGUGCUGCUAUAAUCGUUCAAGGCACAGCAUAGAUGCCUUAUGUUGUGAAUUAACAUAUUGAAGACUUUUUGAAAUAAUUCCAUAAUGUCUUAUUAUCAUUAGCUGAUGAUUAAUUGGAUAACAUUAAAAACGGAGCUAAAUCUGCUCUUUAAGAGAAGGAUAAAUCAUUGUAUGAUGAGAGUGCUUACAUUUGGAGUUAGAUUCGAGGGAACAAUCUCUAAUUAGAAGAGAAAGAGAUUGCCAUUGCUAUGAUAGAUGAAAUUAUGUAAAAGGAUAUCGUAGAUUUUUAUGAAAAGUACUUCAUUAAACAACAAAAUAAGUUGAGUUUGUAAAUAUACGGUAAAGGAUUAAUAGAACAAUUUAAUUAAGUUAAAGAUAAUUUAUUGGAAAAAGAAGAAAUAAUAGAACUAAAAACUCUUAAUGAAUUUAAAUGUGCUUAUACCCUAAAUAAUUUAUGA